UCAUUUCUUCUCCCUUUCUCACGCCAGAACACACUCUCCCAUCCUACUUCUUCAUGUUUCCAUUUUUAUUACAUUACCAACUUGUCAGUUUCUCUUUAACAAUUUGGUCCCCACUCACUUCACACUAAUUACCCUUUAUGUCUCCCUACCCACACUCCCAAUCCACAGACACAAUGCCUCUCCCUCUCAUUCUCUUCUUCUCCAUACUCACCACCGUUUCCACCGCUCUCCCAUACGGUAUCUCUUACCACAUUGACUGCGGCACUCCAACUAACACCACCGACUCAUUCAACACUACUUGGCUCUCCGACCGUUUCUUCACCGGCGGCACCACCGGUUUCGUCUCUGAACCACUCCAGUUCCACCACCACCACGAAAAAACUCUCCGCUUCUUCCCUAUCUCCUCCGGCAAAAAAAACUGCUACUCCAUCCCUUCCUCCACCACCUCACGCUACCUCAUUCGCACCUUCGUCGUCUACGACAACUACGACGGCAAGUCGCAUCCUCCUUCCUUCGACGUCUCCGUCAGCGGCACCGUCGUCUUCUCCUGGCGUUCUCCCUGGCCUCAGAACCUUGCUCGUGACGGUGCUUACUCGGAUUUAUUCGCUUCGUUUAAAGAACAAGAAGAUGUACUAAUCUGCUUCUACAGCUUCGCCACUGAUCCUCCCGUUGUUUCUUCCAUAGAGCUUUUCGGAGUUGAUCCCGCUUCUUACGAUUCAGCUUCCAUUGGUAACAAUGAUACUAUACUUGUUAACUAUGGUAGAGUCUCUUGCGGUUCGAAUCAGUGGGGUCCGGGUUUCACAAACGAUGAUGACCGGUUCGGUAGGUCUUGGCAGUCAGAUUCAGACUAUCGAAUCUCCGGUUCGGGUUCACGACGGAACAAGGUGGUUGCGGUUUCUACAAGGAGAAACAUUGCUGGAACUAAUCAGAAACCAAAUUACUUUCCGGCGAAGCUUUACGAGACGGCGGCAACUACAGCGGAGACUGCAGAGGAAGGUGGUGGAGUGUUGGAGUUUGAAUUAAACGUGGAUGCUAAGCUGGAUUAUCUUGUGUGGCUGCAUUUCGCGGAGAUCGAAGAUCGAGUGAGGAAAGCGGGGGAGAGGGUGUUUGAUGUGUUCAUCAAUGGUGAUAAUUUGACUAGAGUAGAUAUUUACAAACAAGUUGGGGGUUUAGCUGCGUUUACUUGGCAUCAUACAGUGAAGAAUUUGAGUAGCAGUUCGUUGAUUGUGAAGCUUGUUGGGGUUGUUGGUGCACCCAUAAUUUGUGGGAUUGAGAAUUAUGCUUUGGUUCCUGGUGAUCCUUCUACUGUUCCUCAACAAGUGAUUGCAAUGAAAGCUUUGAAGGAUUCACUUAGGGUUCCUGAAAGAAUGGGUUGGAAUGGUGAUCCUUGUGCACCUACUAAUUGGGAUGCUUGGGAGGGAGUUACAUGUCGUAUGAGUAAGGAUAAUACUGCUCUUGUCAUAAGUCAAAUAGAUUUGGGCAGUCAAGGUUUGAAAGGGUUCAUAAGUGACCAGAUUAGUCUUUUGUCGGACUUGGUAAGCCUGAACUUGAGCUCUAAUUUGUUGGUGGGUGAAGUACCGCCUGGCCUCGGUCAAAAAUCCCUGAUACACCUGGACUUGUCCAACAAUCAGUUAACAGGUUCCAUUCCGGAUAGUAUAACUUCUUCAAGUUUGCAGCUUGUGCUAUUGAAUGGUAACUUGUUGGAAGGACAAGUGCCGGAUGAACUCUAUUCAAUUGGCGUGCAUGGCGGAGCCAUUGAUCUCUCUGGCAACAAAGGUUUGUGCGGUGUACCAUCUCUGCCAGCUUGUCCUAUGUUUUGGAAGAAUGGCAAAUUAUCUACCGAGGGGAAAAUUGCAAUAGGCGUGUCUAGUCUUUUUGUUUUCUGUUUGAUAGUUCUGCUGGUCUAUAUCUAUAUCAGGAGGAGAAGGAAUGAUUAUGACUUUGCUCUGCCUCAUGAAUUAACAGCAUUAGCUGCCAAGAGAAACCGAUAUCAGAGGCAAAAAUCUUUGAUGGUUCUUGAGAUGGAGAGUCAACACGCUAAGGGACUACCUUCACCAUCUGCCACACAAUAGCCAUACCAUAUUAUUCUUCAAUGGAAAUGGAAUAUUGAUUGUCAUAGUUUUCGGCUAAACAUAUAUACUCACACAGCUUAGAGAAAGGAUUUCAAUUGUUUCUGCGCCAAUACCAAACAAAGAUGUGACAAUACCAAUCUUUAGGAGGAGAAAAAUGAUUGUGGCCUGUCAUUCUCAUACAACUUUCUCUUGUCAAGGAUUCUUGAAGCCACUUAUUACCAUGCAUGUUCGUUGUUACUUAUUUCUUGACCUAUCAAACAAAAGCAUUGGCCGCAGCUUUUGCUGAAUGUGAUGACAACAAUCCAUCAAUCCAUCAAUAUAUGAAAAAUUGAAAAUUGAUUUUAGACACAGUUUAGUGUACAUAUUUUUCCUUGCACAUCAGUUAUGCCCGAAUCUUUAACUGUGUACUGAUUUAUAUAGAUACUGUGAUUGGACCCUAUUGUAUGUACAUUGUAUUUCAAUUUUUUUUUUUUUUUUUUCGUUUACACUAUAACAUAAACUUUCUAUGCUUCUUUA